AUGACACGUAGAGUCUUUGCCCAAGGGCCCGUGGCGAAAGCCCAAGAACAUCAGGACCAUGUCGCUCCCCAAACCAACGAUGCUCCCUCGUCCACCUCGACGCGCAACCAAUCAUCGGCACUGCGAUACCCUUGGGAAACUCUCCUCGUGAGGCAUCCUCGGUCAACACUUAAAAGGCAUCUGGUCCCCGCCGCCCACGGCCACGCUUUCGAGGUCAAAGCCUCAUCUCAUUUUCGUAUCGUCGACCUUCAUGGCCAGCAGGUGGUCGACUUCAUGGCUUGGACGCUGCCUUACUCUCCUGCGACCAACUCGGAGCAUUUUUCCACGAGCUACACGCGAUACGCACUGGGAGGUUCUGCAUCUCCGCAGGUAGGCGAGGCGCUCUACACGAAUCGGGACCGAAAAAUGUUUACUAUAGUCGCGGACAUGGUCAAAACUCACGAUCUGCUUUUCAUGGCGUGUAACCCGGGCUUUUAUGCACGCAACGGCCACCCUGUUCACCGGUCCUGUGCCACCAAUGUUGCCGAAGCGAUGAAACCCUGGGGCAUGAAGCAUUGGAGCGAAGUAGUUGACCCAUUCAAUGUCUUCCAGAAUACUCCCUAUUACACAAUCAAGGCGCUCAAUUGUUCAAGGCCGGGAGAUUUCCUAGAAAUGCGGGCCGAAGUGGAUGCAGUUUGCGCCGUGAGCAGUUGCCCGUUUGAAGACGACGGCUUCAAUGGUGGGAGAGCCACAGACAUUGCUGUGGUGACCGAGGUUGACGACGAGGAAGAGGAAGAGGAAGAAUAA